GAUUCCCCGACAGCCUUGCAAUUUGCGAAAUGUCGUGGACGACUUCACGGCAAGGCUUCUCGCAUGCAUUAGCCAUCACAGAUUUCGGCCCCUUGGACUGAUUUCUUGCAUUCCCAUCGCCGCCCAACCCCCUCAUCGCCAAGGCCGACGGGUCGAUGAGGACCGAUUAGCUUCUCUGGGCGGUCUGGGCAAUGAGCCUCCACAGCUUGGCGGGAGCAUCUCUCCACGUCCUGCCGUGCAAUAAGGCAGCAUCAAUAUCUUCGGCCCGUUCGGAAGAACAGGGUCCAUCGCAUAUGACGCCGUACACGUGUACUCCCGUGUCAAGCCUCGCUGUCCCGGCCAAUACUUCGGGACCCUGCACCGCUCAGAUUGGCCGCGUUGCACCCGGUAGUCAUUGCACGAGGCAAGGUCAUCGUGAAUGUCUACGUGCUGAAUUCAGAAUCCCAUUGGGGAAGAUCCUUUACACGGCACCCUGCAUGGCAAUGCCCCUCUCCGCCAACCCGGUUACCAUGACAGCAAAACACAUUGGGUGUAGUACAGAAACCCCUGGCAGUGGCCGGAUUGCUUAGAUUUGGCACAGUACCUAUUUAGGCAAUCAAUAUGGAUGGACGCGACUGGAAGACAGCCUCCGCCUAGGGGUCGA